CCCUCCAUCUCUGCUUAUCUGUCAGUGCUCGGACGUUGCGCUAAGGUGCGGUAACGAGUCCCGCUCUUGGGGAAAUUUGAGGAAAGUCAGACGACAUAUACACCUUCAAAGGACAGUAGAAGCCAAUUUGAAUUGAGACAACAGACAUUUCGCCACCUCUGUGCAGUUGUUUUGAAACUACAGUAAAAUGGAUCCAAUGACUCAGUCCGCCCAGAUAUCAUCGUCGCAAGGGUUUGCCGAUGGACAAAAUUCUGCUGCCAAAGAAUCAAAACUGUCCGAUUCCUUUCUUUCCUCUUCGCCUGUAUCUCUCAUUCAGUCUCCUCAAGUCAAGGAUCUGAUCCACUGGCGAGACCCCAAGAAGUCGGGCUUGGUGUUUGGCCUGUCCAUGCUGCUGCUGCUGUCGCUGGCAGCCUUCAGCAUCAUCAGUGUGGUCUCCUACCUGCUCCUGGCCCUGCUCUGCGUCACCAUCACCUUCCGCAUCUACAAGUCAGUCGUCCAGGCCGUGCAGAAGUCCAGCGAGGGACACCCCUUCAAAACGCUGAUAGAUAAGGAUGUCAGCAUCCCCCCAGAGACUUUCCGCAAGCACGUGGACGCCAGUCUGACCUACAUCAACCGAGCCCUGAAGCAAAUGAGCCGCCUCUUCCUGGUCGAGGACCUUGUGGACUCCCUGAAGCUGGCUGUGGUCAUGUGGCUGUUCACCUACGUUGGAGCUGUCUUCAAUGGAAUCACCAUUCUCAUCCUGGCUGACAUCCUCCUCUUCGCUGUGCCCCCGAUCUACGAGAAGAACAAGACUCAGAUUGAUCAGUACAUCGACGUGGCACGCACUCAGAUAAACACCACAAUGGCCAAGUUGCAAGAGAAACUUCCCGGAGCUGUGAAGCGCAGCAAAACUGAAUGAUCAGCUCUCCUAUUAGAAACCUCCACGUCACCAUCAUCCUCAUCUCCAUCACCAUCUUAAAUCCCCUUACCUUCUCCUCCCCCUCUCCAGAUAAGCCCAGCCCCCAGUCUAACUCCUCAUCCCUACUCCAUCAACCAUCAGCACCCUACUACACUGAACCUUGCUAGGUAGAAAAUCUCUGAGCUACUCGAUAUUCAAUGUAAAACUACUGCACAGCUUAACUUGCAAGCGUUAAAAAGAACUGUGCCUGUGCAGACAGGAAGCACGUCGCUAGUGAGGAAGUGAAGUAACACCGCGGCGGACCCCGACUGUCUGCGGGCAUGCCACAGGGGAAUGGAGGCAGGGUUGAGUGAACUAGACUGAAUCUAUGACCUGGUUUGGUCGUGAACAGCAAGCAGGGGGGCGGAUGAUGGCUGUUAUGUCACAAAAAGCAAAUGUCUGUACUUUAAACCUCACAUUUCUUUGAAGGUAAACGGACGAUUUAAGCUGGAAAAGUUAAAGAAAAGGAAAAAAGUCUACAAAAAAAAAGUAAAAGCAACCUUUUGGGUGUUAUUGUGGCUAGUCUGAUUCUGGUCUCUUCUCUGCAGCUGUUGUAUGGAUAGAUAUGAGUUCAUUUUUAGAAGCUGGUAAUGGGUUUGCUGUUACUGAUUGGCCUGUUAUUGAGUUUGUUUCCAUUCACCUUACGGGCACUUCUGUAUGUAAGUUUCUGCAAUGCACUGAACUUUUAUUUUCUAUAGCCAUGAGCAGGUUGAAAUAAAAGGAUUGGAACACUGAACCAGCUGUGAUAAUUUGGUCUAGUUCACCCUCUUUUGAUCAGAUGCAUUUUUUGAACAGUUUUCUGUAUGUAUAUACACCUUAAGACAAGUACAGGCUCUCUCUGCUGUAUGGAAACGUUAGCCUCGCUUUUUAUAUCAAAAGAAAGUUCCCUCACUUCCAGCUGUCCUAACUUCUUUUGUUGCACCUGUUCAAACCACAAAGUGUUGAGGUCUCACAUUCACUUGUAAAUUUUGAUUAAUCUCAUCACUACCUAUUACUAUUAUUGAUAUUAAUCAUAGGAUGGCUGCUUUGACUUGACAACAGCAUUGUAAGAGUUAUGUUACGUGUCACUGAGCUUCAUUGUUUUAAACUGGAGGUCUGUCAGAGGACUCCUGAGAUAUAAUUCCUGAUUGUUUGAUAAGUUCAGAGUUAAAACUGGGAGGUGUUCUCACACCCUUAAGUCCACAAAUGGCUUCCCAGCUAACUGUUGGUGUUUUUAUUUAAAUCAACUGCUCAAGUGUGUUGUUUCAAAGCUAUGGAGUCCGGAGUGUGCCACCAGAAUAAGAGCAGACCUUUACAGUGCUUCAGUAGAAUUUGGUCCACUGAAUAGUUUCUUCCAGAGCUUUGAAGACAGAGAUUUGAUUGACGACUGUUUUCCCAGAAGAUUGUUUCCUUUCUUGUGAAGAAUGAACUUUCACACCCAAUUUAAUUACAAUGAAUUGAUAAUAAAGCCUAUUAAUUUAUUAAUUUUGCAAUUAAAUGAUGAAUUAGUAAACCCUGUGUGGAAAAAAAUGACACAUCCUUACGUUUUCUGUUUCCUUAUGCUGUCUUUUAAAGAAGCAUUUAAUAAGUGAGUUUUUAAAUGGAAUCACAGAUUUGUUGUUAGACUGUUUUCUGUUUAAAGCACAGUUUAAGUCUGUAAUCAGUCUUGUGGCACAUUUCAGACGACAAACCUCAACAGUGACCUGCGAGGCCUUUUUGAGAUCAGGGGUGUAACAAAAUUAGGGGGUGCAGUUCUGAAUAAAGAGCGUAGCUGUGAAAUAUGGACGCAGUUUUAAGAGUGGUUAUUGUCGAGCUCCAUUUGUCACUUUGUUCUCUUUCUUUGACUGCCGUGAAGCGCAUGUCAUAGUGUAAGCUGGAAACAGAUUCUCACCCUUUAUAUAGGCUGUAUCAUAUUCUCGACCCUGACUUUUUGUUUAAUAUGAUUAUUACUCGUGAUUGUUUCAGUGGUGUUUUUGAACUCCAUAGUCAUAUGUUAGCACUACUGCUGCAUCUCCACAUUGUUUUAAGGGAUGAAUAUGUAGAAUGAAAAAAUGACAAGUAUGUUAGUGUUGCUGUCCAUUUCAUUGUGCCCCAAAGUAAGUUUGCACGGAAUAAAUGUCCCCUGAAUACUGAAUUGCCAACAGUGGAGGAUCAUCCUUUCAUUGCCUCUCAAUGCAGUAACUACCUAAACUACUACCCAGAUAUCUGCCUGUGUGCUGAAUGUUUUCUCUGGUGGAACAUUCCUCCCCCUGCAUGCCCUCCACUGUGUUUCAUCUCACUGUGAUCGCCUCACAGAUGUCUUGGUUAACCCCUCGUGCAUGGUGUCUCAUUCAGACAACGAGUGUUAAAGACAAAAUAUACCACAUUUCUGUUGGGGGAUGCCAGCUGUUAGCCCCCCACCCCCUCAGCUGGGCAGGCUAUGGCCUAAAUGUUUGGCACUCGUGCUGAUGACUAACAGAGAGUGUGACGGGGGAUCGGGUCUGAAUACAGAUUCUGAUAAUGCUAUGAUACAUCCCGGGUGUCAUAUUAUUUGUCAUUUGGUCAUUGUAUUUAUUUGAUUGUGGAGAAGUUGCACAUUGUAGCUUUAAAAGGCUAAGCUGUCAUUUUCAUCUAAAUGCUUAUUUUCACUCAAGCUACUAGAACACAUUUGUAUUAGAUGUCUGGUUUACAGAAACUCAGUUUAUUUCAAGGGUCAGUUCAACCAAAUUAGAAGAAAACGUGGAACCCUAAAAGUCUCCUAAUUACUCCUGAUGAACCACAGAAGACAGCAGUUUUGGAAAGUUGUUCCAAGUGAAACUGAAUUGCAUCGACAUUGAGUUUACUGUGGAGGAGGUAGAAAUCUGAGACGCUGAAUUUAAUGUGAAAACAAGGCAUAAAUGUAACCACGGUCCUCCGAAUGCAUGGCAGAAUGAAAUGGAACCAAAUCUCUCUGCAUGCUCGACACCGCCGGAGGCAGAGACAUCGUUUUGUGUUUUAGUUGAACUGAGCCUGCAGUGUUCAACCAGCGACCUUCCAGCUGAACCCGUCAGUCUGACACCCCCCCACAUGUGUUGUGCUGUAACAGUGAAAAAGCUUUCCAUAUGCACAGUACCUUAAAGGGGAACUUUAGUUCAGGACGGGACAUGUUACCUGUGUCAGUGUGCUACCAAGGCUAAAUAGAUGACUUCUUCUCAGAAUCAUAGUUGGCUUAUUUCUUUAGAGUGUAAUAUAUAAUAUGAAUAAAAGUCGAUACAGUUGAUCCUGUUCCCUCACAGCAUGUUGCUUUUCUCCUCUUCCUGUUUGUCCCUGUGUUUUCAUCUGUAUGGGAGUGUGUGGCAGGAGUGUGUUUGACUUUUUUUUUUUUUUUUUUGUCUCUGGCGAGUCUCGUUUUUGCUUUUGACUCUUUGCUGGUUUCUAGACGUUGUUCACUAACAUCAGCUCUGUUUUGUAUUAGCUAUGACUUUGGUUCCAAUUUUUGAAGCUUUGGGAAAGAUGUUGCAGGAAAAAAAAGAAAACUGAUUAAAAAAAAAAAAGUAUGUGGUCUCUGUACUGAUGUCAAAGUGAAAUUAAUAAAAACACGUCAAAGGAC